CCGCCAAACACGGGCGUGCUCUGCUUCCAGACGGACGCACGCAAGAGCUUCCGCAUCUCCGCCACGGGCGUCGUGCUCGAGGUCGCGGCGAACCUCAAGGUGGUCAAGAAGCUGAAGCUGGUCGGCUCGCCGUUCAAGGUCUUCAAGAACACCGCCUUCAUCAAGGACAUGUUCACCUCCGCGCUCGAGGUUGCAAAGUUCGAGGGCGCCGCCCUCCGCACCGUCUCGGGCGUGCGCGGCCAGGUCAAGCGCGCGCUGCAGGCCGACGACGGCACGUUCCGCGCAACCUUCGAGGACAAGCUGCUCCGCUCCGACCUCGUGCUGCUCAAGGCUUGGGUGCCCACGAGUUCAAGCCGCGAGCGGCGCCUCCUCACUCACACUCCCACCUCCCGCCGCGAGCAGGUGCGCGCCGAGCUGGGCGCCGCGCCGCGCGUCAACGCGGACUCGCUGUACAAGCCCAUCGAGCGCGCGCCGCGCCGCUUCAACAAGCUGGCCGUGCCAAAGGCGCUGCAGGCCGCGCUGCCGUACAAGUCCAAGCCGAAGCUCGACGCUCCCUCCGCCGCGAAGAAGCCGCGCAAGGGGUCGCUCAAGGCGCUGCGCGCCGUCGUGGCGGAGCCGGAGGAGCGCGCGGCGGCCAAGCUGAUGCAGCAGGUGCACACCAUGUACAACGAGCGCGAGCGCAAGCGCAAGCGCUCCAUGGAG